CCUGCCCUCCUCCGGCCUUCUGGAGUCGGGCUGUCGCUUCACAUCUCUCCCUCACACAGCGCACAGUUACUCGGCUGCCACCACCGGCAGGAUGUCUCCUCUGGCGAGCCGCUUGCUCGUUCUCCUCUGCCUGGCUUUACCACUUCACGGAGUGGAAAAGGUGAGAAAUAGGGGCUACCGAAAGGAACCAGACGCUGACAAGUCCACAGUAAAUGAUGCAGACACACCCAACUGCACUAGACACUCCUUGGAUGAGGGAAGAUCUCCUUUUCUGAACAGCAUGUAUGGCAGCUGCAUGCAAGGCCCGGCAGGCACCCCUGGAAGAGAUGGCAACCCUGGAGCCAAUGGCAUUCCGGGCACACCAGGUAUCCCGGGCCGUGACGGGCUCAAAGGUGAGAAAGGGGAAUGCGUCAGUGAGGUUUUUGAGGAACCCUGGAGGCCCAACUACAAGCAGUGUGCCUGGAACUCACUAAAUUAUGGGAUCGAUCUGGGUAAAGUAGCUGACUGCACAUUCACCAAGCUGCGUUCAGACAGUGCUCUCAGAGUCCUCUUCAGUGGUUCACUACGACUCAAGUGCAAGAAUGCCUGCUGCCAGAGGUGGUAUUUCACCUUCAAUGGAGCUGAGUGCACAGGACCCUUGCCAGUCGAGUCAAUCAUUUACUUGGACCAGGGGAGUCCGGAGCUCAACUCGACUAUUAACAUCCACAGAACAUCCUCAGUUGAGGGGAUGUGUGAGGGCAUCAAAGCGGGGUUGGUGGAUGUGGCAGUGUGGGUGGGGACCUGCGCCGAUUACCCCAGGGGAGACGCUUCUACAGGGUGGAAUUCUGUAUCCAGGAUUAUCAUUGAGGAACUGCCUAAAUGAAAGACCAAGUUCAUUUGAAAGGAAGGACCCAGUCUUUGUAGUCUAGCAGCGUAUGGCCUGGCACUCCAAAAUUAUCAGGUAUGGCUGGCUGAGGCAUCACUGAUUGUAACUUGAAUAUUUUUUUCUUUGAAUACACAUACAAUAAAUAUUGUUGCUCUGUCUCCUACAAAUAAACUGUACUGUAGCUUUGUCUGCUGGUGGCAUGUUAAUAGAUUGCAGCAACCAUUCAGUGUCCUUAAAAUGUACUGUAUGACAUGUAUAUGAAUCACUUCUGUCAAUAAAAUCACCGUUUUGUAAA